AUGGCGUACUACAGUCACCAGCAAGCGCAGCCCGUGGCGGCGCGUGGCCAGCAGAACGCGGUCACGGGUCUGCCGGGGCGUGGCGAUGCUGGGCUCCACUUGCAGGCCAACGGCGGCACGGUCCAGAACGGCGUCGCGUCGUGGGGCCAGCCCGCGUCCGGGCCUUCUCUGAGCGCGGCGCUUGCCGCGAUCCCGCUGCGGGCUGACCGCUCGGCGCUUUACAACCGCUGCUUGGAACUGGAGCGCGAGAACGCGAAGCUGAAGGCAGACGUGGCGUUACAGGGCGAGCUGAUCGCGGCCCUGGCCAAAAGAUGCGACGAGAUGCAGGCGCGCGCCAACAGCAGUGGGUCUGGGGCCAUGGGGGCAGCCGCGGGCGCCGCUGGGGCGCUGCAGACGGGCGAGGCCAUGGAGAGGCAGUCGCUGCUUUCCUGGCUCCAGUCGGCGCACGCGCAGAAGGCUCGCGCGAGCGACCAGGCUGGCGUGGAGCGGUCGUUGCAGGAGCAGCAGCACGCCGAGCGGCAGCGACGAGAGAACCUCGAGGCGCUCCAGGGGCUCUGGCAGUACCACGAGCAGCGGCAGAUGCAGCAGGGGGGGGCAGACGCGACGCCCGCGUACGCCACGCAGCACAAGUGCGCCGAACCGCCCCACGCCUACUCGCUCGACGGGUGGGAGGUCCCGGAGGCGCACGCGCACCACGCCGUCUUCCCGCCCGGCAACGCGGUCACCACGCAGCCCGCCACCCCGGACGUGCCGACCGCGGGGGCGCCGCAGCCCGGACCCGCGCACCCGGGCUCGGGCGACACGGCCAGCGAGGGCGUCGCGCCGGCCUCCGACGGCGAGGCCGCGCCGCGCAACGCGUACCACGGCCGGCGCUCGCAGGUCCGCGCGCUCCUGCGCGUGCUCGCGGACCAGACGCGCGUGGUCGGCAUGGCCAACAUGGUGUCGGUGGGGGACUCGGAAAUCGUGCUGUGUCUGCGGCGGGCCAUGGAUCACGCCGACGUGCUGGCGCAGCUGGGGAUCGCGGUGCCGUCGGACGAGCAGCUCGCGGCGUGGGCGGACGCCGAGGGCAUCGACGUGGACCGCUGCUGGGCGCACCGGUGCAACUGCGGGCACGGCGGGCCGCAGCUGCGCGGCGCCAAGGUGGUCGCGCGGUUCCUGGCGGCGGCGGUGCCCUCGGCGCGCGACGCCGCCGACCAGCUCGAGGCGGAGCUGCAGCUGCGGAUGCAGUCCGCUGGGCGGGCGCUGCCCUCGCUGGGGGCGAUAGGGCAGGCGCCGCGCGGGCAGCGCAAGGUCGAGAGCCGCGGGUACCGCGGGGCGUGA